CACUUGCGCGCCAGGAUGCACAUCACAGAUGAGUAUUCGUAGUCAUUGUUUUGGUUCGAGCAGAGCUAGCUGAAUUCGUUUUUGCAGUCGGCGUGCAAUUAUAUCGGAGUGUCCCGAACCAUCACAGCCAGGAAUCAACGACCAACCAUGACUCUUCCGGCUGCCCCACCCAGCUACGCUGAGGCUGUAGCAGGGGACAAGGAGCCGCGAUUUGGUGCCCCACCUUACACCACCCAACCACCCCCAUUUCCACCCUCGUCAGUGCCCAUCCAUCCAACCUCCUGGGCCUUUGUACAUCCAAGCCCAAGCCCCGGCUACGUUAACCCCUAUGCCUCAGACGCGCCGUCACCCUUCUCUGACCCCAGCACCAACGGCAGCUGCGAUGGGCUCAGCGGAGAUGGCUGGGAGGACAAGAACGUCCGGCGGAUGUUCAUCCGCAAGGUCUUCACGAUUCUGAUGAUUCAGCUGAUGGUGACCUUUGCCGUUGUGGCCCUCUUUACGUUCUGUGAUGAAGUCAGGCAGUUUGUACAGUACAAUCGUGUCCUUUAUUUGGCCUCUUAUAUCACUUUCAUGGGGACGUACCUGGUACUGGUGUGCAGUACAACUAUCAGACGGCAAUACCCCACAAAUCUCAUUCUGCUCGGCAUCUUUACUUUAGCAAUGUCCUAUAUGGCAGGAAUGCUGGCAAGUUACCACAAUACGAAGGUGGUGAUGUUGUGUGUCGGGAUCACGGCUGCAGUAUGCCUAGCAGUGACUCUCUUCUGCUUCCAGACAAAGUUUGACUUCACCCCGUGCCACGGCCUCAUGUUCUCCCUCAUGAUGGUGCUGAUGGUGACCAGCCUGCUGCUCAUCUUCAUCGCCCCCUUCGGAUAUAUUCCCUGGCUACAGACAGCCUAUGCCGGACUGGGGGCUCUGGUCUUCACACUGUUCCUGGCAUUUGAUGUGCAGCUUCUAAUGGGGAACAGGCGGUAUUCCUUAAGCCCGGAGGAGCAUGUGUUUGGGGCUAUUUGCCUGUACAUGGACAUCGUCUACAUCUUCUUCUUCCUCCUUCAGCUGUUUGGCAGCCGAGAGUGACUCCGCAUGCACACCCCGUGCAGGCACCCUUCACGUGUGCCAACCCAGCACAUACCGGUUCAGUAAGCAGGUUGUACGACUGCCAACGAGAGCGCAUGGGAACCGGUGCGAUUCAGCGAGUCCUUGGAUUCUUUUUACAUUUUUAUCAAGAUACCCUUUAUAUCUUGAUUCCUGUUAUUCGCUGGGCAUGUUGUUAUACAAUCACUUCCUUGUUUUUGUUGCAAUGCAAGAUUCAAGGCUAUCAGGUCUGCAAGGGUGACUGACACACUGGCCACACCUCCAGCCUUGCAGUACAACAGCCCCCUCUGGUAGCUAUUACAAUGUGGUGCAGGGCCACCCAAUCGCAUCAGUUUGGAUUUUUUUUAUUUAUCCAGACGUGAUAUUUCCAACUUUUGUUACAGAAGCUGAAACUGGAAAUGCUAGCUUGAGUGUAAUCAACUAAAUCACACAAAUAGCUUUUCUGUACCUACCCUCAGUUCAACGAUGCAAUGAUAAAGCAUAAAAGUGUUUUAAAAGUCAACCCAAAUACCAAGGGAAAGGGCUAAAUAUCAAAGCAAUAAUAUGGCCCUGUUUAGGAGUGUCUAUGCAGACCUGCUGUUGCCAGUGGGUACAGCUUUAGCUUAGCUGAAAUAUAAUAGUCAUAGUCCUAAAGAAUGACUUUUGUUUAACUGACAGUGUGCCCCAUUGUUCACCACUGGUGUGGGUUGAAAAAAAGAAAAAACAGACAGGCUGUUCCUGUCCUUUUUAUGGGAAGCCCAACUUCCCAGUCUUAGUAAAUGGGAAUAUCUGGCAGGUGUGUUCUAAUUAACAAUGGGGCUUUAACAGCCAUAAUUCCAAACAGAAGUCUUUGAUAAUUUACCUGAAGGUAAAUUUAGUCCUCCUGAUUGGCUGUUUAAUAUUUACCAGCUGCCAUCUAAAGUGGAAGCCUUGAUCAUGUCUUUUUGGUGUCUAUUUACAGUUAGAACUGAUCCUCACAAGACAGGAUGUUGGGUUUUAGUUUGGUGACAGAUACUGUAAAAACUAUUUAUGACCAUCAGUAAAUGUGUUUAUUACAAUCAUGGCACGAAGACUGCAGUCCAACCAUUCAAGAAAGGAGUUCAUAAAGAUUUUUAGUUUUAGCAUGUCAUUGUUUUUUUUUUAUAAUAACAUCUUGUCC